UUAAGUUAUUUCUUUGUUUACAUGUUUUCUGUCAAAAAAACAUGUAAAUAUCAAGCGCGUAGUUUAAAGAGAACGUUGAGAUUAAAUUAAUGCCUAGUUGCUGAAUAAUGCUGCGCAGUUUAGCACCAAGUCAAAAUGCGACAGGAAGCACAAAAUCAGCUUUUACGCCACCUCUUCAAAACAAACGUAAACGUGCGUGUCAAGAAAAGCUGCAGAAACAGCAGAACAAUACAAAUUUGAUAUCUUUGCUGCCACUUAGUGAAUAUGAAAAAACAAUUGCAAAAGUCUUAUCACGGCCUUUUAAAAUUCCAAUUGCCAAUUAUAUACCUGAUUUCAACAAUGGUGGACGCUGCUUGGGUAUGCGACGACUGUCGAUACGCAAAGCAUUACAUGAUCCACAAGCAUGUAAUUCUCUUGUUUUAUAUACGCCGCCUGAGUAUACAGAACAUGAACGCUUGACACUAGAUCCUGUAAAAAUACUGGUGCACGUUGUUGUAGAUCCAUUGCUUAGUAACAUAUUACGUCCGCACCAAAGAGAAGGCGUACGUUUUAUGUAUGAAUGUGUUGUUGGCCGCCGUGGAGAAUUUAAUGGCUGUAUUAUGGCUGAUGAAAUGGGUCUUGGAAAAACCUUACAGUGCGUAACACUAGUGUGGACGUUAUUACGUCAAAGUCCAGAUUGUCGUUCAACUAUAACUAAAGCUAUAAUUGUGUCACCGUCGUCUUUAGUUAAAAAUUGGGAAAAAGAGUUUGCUAAGUGGUUGCAAGGUCGUAUUCACUGUUUGGCUAUAGAGGGUGGAGCAAAAGAGGAUACAAUAAGAGCUCUUGAGCAAUUUGCUCUGAAUAGCAAUCAACGUUGCGGUACACCUGUGUUGUUAAUAAGUUAUGAAACAUUUCGCAUAUAUGCAAACAUAUUAUGUAGGACUGAAGUAGGCAUGGUUAUCUGUGACGAAGGACAUCGUUUAAAAAAUAGUGACAAUUUAACUUACCAAGCAUUAAUGGGACUAAAAACUAAAAAACGAGUGCUACUUUCAGGCACACCUAUUCAAAAUGAUCUUACUGAGUAUUUUAGUUUAGUUAAUUUUGUUAAUCCUGAAAUGUUAGGUACAGCAACUGAAUUUAAAAGAAACUACGAAAAUGCAAUUUUACGUGGCCAAAAUGCUGACUCAAGCGAUAAGGAACGCGAGCGAGCUGUAGAAAAAACUCAGCAAUUAAUAAGUAUCGUGAAUCAAUGUAUCAUACGCAGAACGAAUCAAAUUUUAACCAAAUAUUUGCCUGUCAAAUUUGAAAUGGUUAUAUGUGCUAAGCUCACACCUGUGCAAAUGGAAUUGUAUACUAACUUUUUAAAAUCUGAUAAAAUUCGAAAAAGUUUACAAGACUGUAGUGAAAAGGCUUCAUUGACUGCAUUGGCCGAUAUAACAACUUUAAAGAAAUUAUGCAAUCAUCCAGAUUUGAUAUACGAUAAAAUAGCGGCAAGAGAAAAUGGUUUUGAAAGUUCUGCACAUGUUUUGCCACCAAAUUAUAGUACUAAAGAAAUAAAUCCUGAACUCAGUGGAAAAUUUAUGCUGCUCGAUUUCAUGUUAGCAACCAUUCGGGCUAAUUCCGACGACAAGGUAGUGCUUAUAUCGAAUUAUACCCAAACCUUAGAUCUUUUUGAGCAAUUGGCGCGUAAAAGAAAAUAUACAUAUGUACGACUUGAUGGUUCCAUGACCAUUAAAAAGCGUAGUAAAGUCGUGGAUAAAUUCAAUGACCCUACCUCAGAUUGCUUCCUUUUUAUGUUAAGUUCAAAAGCAGGUGGCUGUGGCUUAAAUUUAAUUGGAGCAAAUCGUUUAUUUAUGUUUGAUCCCGAUUGGAAUCCUGCCAAUGACGAGCAAGCCAUGGCACGUGUUUGGCGAGAUGGACAAAAGAAACCUUGUUUCAUAUAUCGUUUGGUUGCUACGGGUUCUAUUGAAGAGAAAAUAUUGCAAAGACAAACACAUAAAAAAUCAUUGUCUAGUACAAUUAUUGAUAAUAAUGAAAGUGACGAAAAACAUUUUACACGCGAUGAUCUUAAGGAUCUAUUCCGUUACGAAUCGGAUGUUUUAUCUGAUACACAUAAUAAACUUAAAUGUAAGCGCUGUUUGAAUAAUAUACAAAUAACUCCACCACCAGAUGACUCGGAUUGUACAUCACAUUUAUCGCAAUGGUUUCAUUGUUCAAAUAAUAAAGGCUUACCUGAUAGUACAUUAUCGCAAGCUUGGUUGAUUAGUAAAUGCGUUUCCUUUGUAUUUCAUCAUCGUUCACAAGGCGAAGCAUGUUCAAAAAUAAUAGAAGAUUCGCAUGAAAAAAAUAAAGAAAAUUUGAAGAGUAAAAAACGUAAAAGCGCAAUGAGCGAAAGCGAUUCUGAUGAGGACUAUACGAACGAUGGAAAUUAUAGCGAUUAAUGCAAAAAGUAUUAGUAUAGUAAGAAUUAAGAUAUAAAUAA